UCUUUUUACUAAAUCUCAACCUACACAUCAGCCAUCCUGGUAGGCAACAGGGAAUAUGGCAAUAUGCCGGGGUUAGCUACAAUGUCUACUUGAUCCUCCGGGUCUAUAACGAUGUCGAACUUCAAACGGGCGAUAGCCCCGUCGCCCUCUCGGGUCAUGGCCUCACUCAAAGCAACCCAGAUUGUAGCCACGAAGCCCAUUCUACCAGCAGAACUAAUCGCCACCAUUCUCGAUCAUCUCCCCAUAGCCGAUCUCUUCCGCUUCGCCAGAACUUCUCGGCGCAUGCGUGAGAUGGUAUACGACGACACACGAUGGAUAGCAAGGUUGAAGAGCAUGAGCGCUUGGAACGAGACAGAAGCACGACAGAGGUUCGAGGAAGGGCUAAAAAGGAAAGUUGAGGCGCAGAAACUCAGGGAGGCAGAGGAGAGGAAGAAGGCUGAUGUAGGAAUCGGGCUACCUCCAAACGAACCUAAUGGCACCAAAGAGGAGCAUGGCGUAGGUGGUGAUAGAAAGGCGAGUACCACGUUAUUCGAUGCCGGUUGGGAGGAGGAGAAGGCGAAAGCUACGCGGGAAAUUUCAAGAGAUAGAAGAGGUACGCUGGAAGGCAACUUUGAGAAGUUAGGCUUGAAUAGUCAUGAGGUUGUCAGUCGGAGCGCGUCUGUACUUGACCCUGCCGCGGCCCUGGACAUUUUGAACAGGGUACGGAGUAUAAGAGGGGGUGCUAGGCAGGAAUAUGGGAAAGUCUACGGAGCGCUGGCACCGUACUACUUCGAUCUCGCGAGAAGCAGAAGCCAUACCGAUCCUAUCCUAUUCCGCACUUAUCGUGACCCAGAGGAACAAGCGCAAAUGCUUGCCCAACUAAAAGUGUUUGCAAAAAGCGACUUCGCUCAGGGUUGGCAUGAGCGGCAUGAGAAACUUGAGACCAUGAUAGCAGUCUUCGAGAACGCUGUACUGCGGGAGUUCGAGCAAGGCUAUGAACUGAAAGAUGUAGAUGGAAAGAUGCAUCGUUAUGCCCAUGUCUUAACGACGCUCAAUGGUGGUGCUGCGGGUGUUGAUACGUUCAUACACAAUCAUCCGCUAAUGGUGGAUAAGGAUAUACUCGGGAGUCCUAUGGAGUGCUUGAACGGUGUUUCUGGAGAACAUUUCGAUUCGAGACCGUCUGAAGACUUCUUUCGACGAUUAGCUGGGUCCGUGAACGAGCAAAGUGCAACCAUAGAUCGGGUCUUCCCACCGACUGCCAAUGUCUUGAUACCCUUCCUUGAACGGAUUACCGACGAAAUCAUAGCAGACUAUAUCACCACACUAUUUGACGAGGCGCAUGAGCGAAAUAUAGAUUCAUACCUCAAGGCAGUGUCAGGUGUCUUUGGACAAAGUCUUCGGUUCUCUCGGUCAAUAGAAGCUACGAAGGGAGCAUCAAAAGAUUUUCCAGACCAAGUGGUCGCCAUAGUAGCGCGAGCGUUCGAACCUCAUGUGGAUCUAUAUCUCACUGAGGAACUGGAUUAUUUCAAGAAGAGGACGGAGGCAGAGGUGAGAGCCUGGGAGACACGACUCGAGGCCGAGGAAGCUUCCACAGAGUCCUUCUAUAUGUCGAAUGUCGGUCGACAAGCAGCCAAACGAGACUUCUUAUCAUCGUUUAGGAAGGUAGUGAUGUUGCCCGUCAAUGCUGUAUCGUCUAUUCCGCUAUCAUCCCCAUUUGGCGGCACAUCUGCGAAGCUCAAUGCAUCUCCUGUAACUGACUUGAAUGGGGAUACUUCAUAUCACAGCCCGUAUGGCAAAACACUGGAACCUGUAACACCACGUUCAUCUACACCCCAGCCAGGGGAGCGCGCAUCGUCACCCAAACCAGAAGCACCUACGACCGAGCUCGCCGCCAAAGCCGCUAUCAUGAGCACACGUCUCGACGCCAUCAAGUCACUCUUCAGCAUCGAAGUCGCCCUUGACCUAAUUCAUAAAGCCAAAACCAGUCUUGAGCGGGCGGCAGUCUUCGUUCAACUAGGUGGUCAGUCUGGCGAGGAAACCAAGGAACAAUGUGAGGCCAUCUUUGUGCAGCUACUUCACCAACUGGGUGACCGCCAUGUGCGUACUGGGUUCGAUAAGGCGGUGGCACAUCUCAGCGCCUACAAUCCUCGCGAGGCCGUCGCACACUCUCCAGACACGGGCGUACAGCCUCUGGUCACCUUCAUCGAACUCGUUAAUGUCGGUGAUCUCAUACAGCAAAUGGUCGAUGUAUUUUUCAUCCAGGAACUUGUAGCCCAAAAACUCGUUGAUCGCGAUGACUUCCUCUCUCCCGCGGUCAAAGAAAAGAAGAAGUUUGAGGGCAUGCUUGACGAGCGGGUCGCGGCAGGAUUGAACAAGGGUAUCGAUGUGCUAAUGGAUGAGGUCGAGUAUAUUUGUGGCACGACACAGAAGCCUUCGGAUUACAAUCCGCCUGUGGGGGCAGAUCUGGAUGUUGGGGUCAGCGAGACGGCGACGAGGAUUGUGGAGCUUGUGGGUGGUCAUACGCGCAUGCUGAUCGGCAGUACUGAGAAGAACAUGCUGGAUGUUUUCAAUCAGGAGGUCGGAGUGCGAUUAUUCACAGUGCUUUGCAAACAUCUGAAGAGACAGCGUGUAAGCUGCGACGGGGCAGUCAAGCUCAUCAGUGACACAAACGCCUACCAUGCAUAUAUAUCCACUCUCAAAAACAAGUCCCUCACGCCAUACUUCUCUGCGCUUCGCGAACUAAGCCAGAUUUACCUCAUCGCGCCCACGCAUGCCAAAGAUAUCGCGACCAUCAUCGCAGACCAGGAUCGGUAUUACGGUAUCCUGCGCGCUGAAGACGUAUACGAAUUCGCUGAGCGGCGUGCGGAUUGGUACACUGUCAAACCAGCAGUCGAGAGGGCCAUGUACGGAAUUGGAUGCAGCGUCAUGUAAACACGCACGCCAG